AUGAGACAGUUCCGACCCCAAACCCCGUCGCGUCCACAGACACCGGUGCUUCGACGGCCUGCAUCCACAAUGUCCAUGAGGUCCAACCGAAUGGGAGACAUCAGUCCUCUUCGACGACCCCAGACACCCCUGGGCAACAGAGAAACGUACCAAGGCACCAUCUCCGUGGGAGUACGAGUCAAGCCGUCGACCACUAAGCCCACAGGACCCCCCGCUCCACAACUGCAGCUCUCAGACAAUCGCAUCGAGACGGAUCUCGGCGACUUCACCUUCGACAAUGUCUACGCGCCAGGAUGCGCAAACCGAGAUGUUUUCGAGUCGUCGGUCAGAGACCUGGUAGGCCACGUGAUGAACGGCUUCAACGGUACAGUCUUUGCUUACGGAAUGACCGGCACAGGAAAAACUCACAGCAUGCAGGGUACACAGGCAGAUCCCGGAAUCAUCCCCCUGUCUGCUGAGACUUUGUUUGCCGCCGCGGCCAAGGGCGACUACAAGGUGCGAGUGUCGUAUCUGGAAAUUUACAACGAGCAUCUCAACGAUCUGCUCAACCCCGGCACACCGUCGGAGGAAAUCAAGCUGAGAGAAGACGCGCUCCGAGGUGUGAGGGCAUAUGGCCUCAAGGAGGUUCUCGUGACGUCUCCAGCACAGCUACUGGACGUGGUGCAGCAAGGAGAUGCGUGUCGACGAACAGAAGGAACUGAGUUCAAUGCUCGAUCGUCACGAUCUCAUGCCGUUGUCCAGAUCUCCGUCGAGGGAUCUUCUUCAGCCCUCUCGCCCCCCAUCUCUGCCACUCUCUAUCUGUGUGACUUGGCAGGAAGUGAGCGUGCUGCCGACAAUGACGAGCGACGAAAGGAGGGCUCUUUCAUCAACAAGUCGCUUCUAACUCUUGCUCUGAUUAUCGGACGUCUUUCCGACCAGUCCACUGGCUCGGCUCAUCUGCCCUUCCGAGACUCCAAGCUCACUCGACUGUUGCAGCCCGCUCUUUCGGGCAAGUCUCUCGUCUCCGUUCUGUGCACUGUCCAUGGGGACGCCACUGCUGCUAUGGAGACUCUUCGAUUCGCUGCUAGAACCAAGAACAUCUCUGUUAGUGUUCGACAAAACACCCUAGGAGGAGACGCUCGAGCAGACCGACUUCAGCAGCAGCUCGACGCUGCCCGAGCCGAAAUCGAGACUCUCAAGAAGGGAGGUGCCUCUGCGAGAACGGCUGACGACAUUCCUACCACUACUCGGCUUUCGCGUCUGGAGAGCGAGAACAAGAUCCUCCGAGAACGACUGGAGCACUCUGCUCGAAUGGCUACCGCCGUUAACGAUCCCCUCGAACGAGAGAAGGAAUACAAGUCGUACAUUCAGCAUCUGGAGAGGCAGCUGGGCACGGCGGAGGAAGCCCGAACCAUGUUUGGAUCCCAGAGUCCAGAGAAGGUGUUUGCAUACCAGCGAGAGCGAAUUGAGGAGCUGGAGGCUGACCUGGUGGAUAAGGAUAAGAUCAUCAGUGCCCUGAACGCUGUCAACCGACGAAAAGCUAACAUGACCAGCAACAUGAACACGAUGCCUCUGUCUGUGUCCCCCACUCAGCUUCGUAAUGGAGCCCGAGGUCAUUCUCCUGAGAAGUUGUCUGUGGUUCGAGACCCCCAACUCAACAUUCUGGGCAAGGAGGGCUUCGGCAAGGAGUCGUUGACCCAGGUCUAG